CAUAUAUACUAUAUGCCGAAAAUAAGAAACGCAGAGCCAGAGAGAGAAGCAGGAAAAGGAAACGAAGAUGCUAACAACAGUCCCACUGCCAUCUUCUGCUUCUUCUACAUGUACUCUUCUCAGUGUUCCAAAGCAAAAGAAUUAUAAAGCUUCUUUUCACUCACUUUCCUUGAAGCUCUCUUCUUUGCACAAUGGAAACAAUACUAAUAGUGAUAAUACUGAUAAUGUUGCCACCACUUCCAUUCACAAUAAUCCUUCUCGAAGACUCGCUCUCUUUCAACUUGGGGCUGCUCUCCCUGAGUCCCACUUGUUAGGUGGGAGAGCAUCUAAAUUGUUAAGAGUGGAUGGAAAUACUUCAGAGGCUAGCACAUCUUCAAAAAUGGCAUCAAUGAGUACUGCACUUGCUGAGCAAAAUGUAUUAGAGUGGGUUAGUAAUGAUAAAAGAAGAAUGCUCCAUGUUGUUUAUCGUGUUGGAGACUUGGACAAGACAAUAAAAUUUUACACUGAAUGUCUGGGAAUGAAGCUGUUAAGAAAACGUAACAUACCGGAAGAGAGAUAUUCAAAUGCUUUUCUUGGAUAUGGACCUGAAGAAUCUAAUUUUACUGUUGAACUUACUUAUAAUUACGGAAUUGACAAGUAUAACAUCGGAAAUGGAUUCGGCCAUUUUGGCAUUGCAGUAGAGGAUGUUGUCAAGACAGUAAAUCUUGUAAAGGCAAAAGGGGGCAGAAUUACUAGAGACUCUGGUCCUGUUAAAGGUGGAGGUUCAAUAAUUGCUUAUGUUCAAGAUCCAGAUGGUUAUACUUUUGAGCUUUUGGAGAGGGGACCCACACCUGAGCCCCUAUGCCAAGUGAUGCUUAGAGUGGGGGAUCUUGAGCGCUCCGUGAAUUUCUAUAAGAAGGCCUUUGGCUUGCAGCUUCUCCGCAAAAGGGAUGACCCAGAGUCAAAGUAUUCAGUAGCCAUAAUGGGGUAUGGCCCAGAAGAUAAAAAUGCAGUGCUGGAACUUACAUAUAACUAUGGAAUCACAGAAUAUGAAAAAGGAGAUGGUUACGCACAGUAUUUACCAGAUUGCAAUUGGCACAAAUGAUGUGUACAAGAGUGCAGAAGCAAUUAAACUGUGUGGAGGAGAAAUUAUUCGUGAACCUGGACCCCUACCAGGAAUUAAUACCAAGAUCACUGCAUGCUUGGAUCCUGAUGGUUGGAAAUCAGUCUUUGUUGAUAAUGUCGAUUUUCUCAGGGAAUUGGAGUGAUCAAAGUAUAUCAUGAUAGCUGCUUCAUUGAUUCAAUGGGAAGAUUACUUGACAAUUUUUUCACAUAGAGAGCUGCCUUUUUUUUUUCUUUCUUUUAAAUUCACAAAUAGCACCUGCUAGAAUGUCCCCCCAAUCCCCAUGCCAGUAUAUUCCUCCCCCCAUGUGGCUCUGUAUGUGACGUUAUGACUACCAAUUAUUAUAAGUGCAUUUACAAUUUGCUUAAUACAUGCCAAAGAAAAUUGAAGAUUGAGAUGUACAUUUCAUGCUAAUCACUUUGGAAAAAUCAAAGACUAGUUUUGAAGCAAUUGGAAGUUGUCUCAUAUUUUAAAUUGGCACGGCAACUCAACAUUUGCUGAAUUCCCUCAGUCCAUAUGAGUUUUUCACCUUUACUUCUGCAUUCAAACUCUAUAACUCUCUCAGCUGUUUUGAUCCCAAAGUAAGCUCUUUGCUCGUUGCAGUCUUCUCUCUCCCUUCCAGGCCACGCUGGGAUGUCACUGUAUACUCCAGAGACUACACCUGUGAUCACAGCAUGGCUUGACUCAGUAGAAUGGGCUGAGAGAAAGGUUGAGUUGAUGUUAAAAGAAACUUGCUUCCAAUGGAGAGCUCCUGCCAUCAACAUGUACAUGAUAAUCAGUGCCAGUUGCAUCUCUUUUAUGGAGUCUGUCAAUGUGAUUUCACUGUAUUUAUAAAUGCUUCUAGUAUUGAAGUGAAAUAUAUAUAUACCUUUCCUUGUACGCUUGAGAAGUUCUCCCCCUCUGGUCACAAAGUUCAAUGCUGCCAAGAUGUUAGAUUCUUUGCCCUCUUCACUUUUUUCUUCCACCAGGGCAAAAGCCGUAGUUAUGUAACCCUUUUGGAAACUCGCUUUUAAAGUGUUAGCACCUCGUAAUGCUACUCAUGGAAAAUGUAAUAAAUUUAGACAUCGUCUUGUAAUUGAGAACAUAUCAGGGGAAAAAAAUGGUUUUAUUGCAUUCA